CAUUCAACCUUGUCGCUUUUAAGCACUUUGAAUACCCUCUCCGCCCACUGUACCACGCCGGAGAGUUGCAAUUCGUGUUCUGGAAGUCACUCAUCGCACUCUCCUCCAUCCCGUAUCCGUGUAUCCCCUUCCUUAUGAUUCCUGCGAGCCUGUGACGCGUUUUCCAAAGCGCCCACACAGCUUGCAGCUCACACAGCUGCAUCCUGGCCGGCGGUUGGGGGUGGAAAGUGGGCGUCAACGGGGGCGUGGCAUCCGCACAGACCGCUGCCAGUUAACCCAGGAGACCAUAAUCCAUAUGCCAGGUGAUAUCUAUAACCAAGUAGUCUACUAGACAAGCUCCACUGUGGAUGGAAGGGUAGCUGCGCAGUUGCAACCCCCGAUUGGGAGAGAGUGCAGUUCUCCGGACUGGAAGUAGGACUGGUGUACGGAGGAGCUGCAGCAGACUGGAAGGGCGCGGCGGGAUACACAUCGUAAAAGCGGUGGAGGAGCUGCUACUACCAGGACAGUGUUCCAGCAGGCCCCAGAGGCAGCGCUCGCUCCGCGGCCAGUUUUCGGUCCAAAAAUUGGACAGGAUAGCUGGGAUUAUAGACCCGGAGAGGCCAAACCAGGAGCUACUUGACCAGGAACUAUAACCACAAACUAUCUCCACUAUUCCUGGAUACAUUUUUUUUUUUGCAAAAUCAUCGAACUUUUCACUUUUUUUUCCCUGCCAAGUGGACAAGGGGAGCUACUCCUAUAUACCAUCUCCUAUAUACUAUAUACUAUAACUACAAAAACAACAACAGAACCCCCCUUGCAAUGGCAGACUUUAAACCACCCAGCUCUUGGCCCCACCGGAUGAUCAGCUUCCAGUGCCGGCAGGCGGAUCUGAACCGUCUGGUGAUGAACUACCUGGUGACAGAAGGCUAUCAGGACGCAGCCAAGCGCUUCAUGACUGAUGCCCAUCCCAUGAUGGAUCGUUUCAAGAUCAGGGACGCCAUGCGGGUGGGUCAGGUGCAGUACGCCAUGGACCUGGCCUCGAGACUGUAUCCGCGACUCUUCGAGACCGACAACUACAUCUACUUCCACAUGCAGCAGCUGCGUCUCAUCGAACUGGUCCGCGAGGAGGACAUCAACAAGGCCCUGGGCUAUGUGAAGGCGGCUGCCCAGAAUAUCCGCACCGGCACCAUGUACUACGACCGGGUGCAGAAGGUCACGCGGACUACGAGGGAUGCCCGGAACAGGGAGAGCGCCAUGGAGCCAAGGAUGAUGUUCCUCAUCAAGCUGAUCCUUUGGGCGCAGGCCAAGCUGGAGCGGGAGCGGGCGAAGGGAGGGUGUACGGACUACCAGAAACUGGAUCUGGGACAUGGGGACUUUGAGGAGGAGUUCCGGAGGAGCUUCCAGGGUUUCUAGGUAGUAUAGUUUAUAAGAUAUGGUGUUGUUUUUUUUUUUAAUCCUAAAAAUAAAAUAACUAAUAUAAAGGUAGUUUUUUUUUUUUAACUAAAAAAUAUAUAAAUGUAAUAAGUUUUUUUUUUAAACUACAAAAUAUAUAAAUGUAAUAAGUUUUUUUUUUUAGAAUGAAUGUUAAAUAAUAAAUGUUUUCACAUCUUGAUGUAGAUUUUGAAAACUUUUUUUUAGUAAUUAAGAGUUUUUUCAAUAUUUAACACCUUAUUUGUUAAUUUUAUAAUUUUUUUUUAUAUUUAAGACUUUUUUUUUUACAUAUUUUAGACGUGAUUUUGAAUAUUUAAGACUUUUUUUUAAUAUUUAACACAUUAGUUGUUAAUUUUAACACUUUUUUUAACUCUUUAUAUUUAAAAUCUUAAAAAAGCAGGCCAGUUCCGGGUCAAAAACGAAAAUUAUGGUCUCACCUGCCUUCCGAAAGCUAUUUAUAGAGGCCCUGUUUCUGACCAAAGGGUUACGAAGAAGGGAAUACCUAGUAACUAGUACCCUAGUACCUACUCCAGUAACUAACUUAAAGAUACUACUAACUAACUAACUACUACUAGGUACUACCGAUUCUCCUCCAAACAUUAUUCGCUUAGAGCGCCUCAUAAGGCGCCUAAUCUAAUCUUUCUAACUAGACUUGACCUUGAACCCCCAACUGGCUAGAAACAUCCCCACCCCUUGCUCUCCCCCUUGCCCCCCUCCAAAUGCAAUGCUUUGUUUAUCAAGGGGGGGCAUCAUAUUAUUGUUUGUGC